AUGUCGAUCUCAGCCUGCUGCGUCAAAGGUUUCGAAUGGGAUGGCACGCCUGAGGGCAGGAUCAUCGCUUAUCCAACCGCCAGCAACCAAGCGUAUGUCGCCGGCUCGAAUGACAACGCCGCAGUGAUGCUCAUCCCGGACCUUUUCGGCUGGAGGUACCCCAACAUCCGCCUGCUGGCCGAUCAUCUCGCUCGAGAAGUGGAGGCGACGGUAUAUGUGCCCGACUUCUUCAACGGCGAGACCCUCAACUAUGACGCCCUAGAGCGCACAGCGUUCGACGAAAUCGACCUCCACGGCUUCGUCUCUCGCCACUCCCGCGAGAUCCGCGAGCCCGAGAUCCUGGCCUGCGCCCGCAAGCUUCGCGCCGAAUACAGCAAAUUCGGCGCCAUCGGGUACUGCUACGGCGGCUGGGCCGUCUUCCGUCUCGCCGCUGCGGAGCACAAAGAGCUGGUCGACUGCGUGAUUGCUGGACAUCCCAGUUUGCUGACCAAAGACGACAUUGACCAUGCUGCGGCGCCAGUGCAGAUCCAGGCGCCCGAGAUCGAUGCGGCGUACACUGCAGAGUUGAAAGAGCACACUUUCAAGACGUUGCAGGCAAAUGGGGUUAUGUUCGACUACCAGUAUUUCCCGGGUGUGGAGCAUGCGUGUUUGACACGGGGCUCGCCGAAGAUCGAGAGGGAGAGAGAUGCCAUGGCGAGAGGCAAGAAUGCGGCGGUCGCUUGGUUCAGGCAGUUCCUGAAGGCGGAGUGA